UAGCCUACAACCUCCUCUUUCUCCCUCGCCACCGGCCUCCUCCUCGCCUCUUCAUUUACGCCGUUUUCAUUCCGGAGGAGGCAGUCUCAAAGCUAGCGCGAAGUCUUUCACACAGGAGGCCUUGUAGAUUAAUUCGUUCAAGGAUUCCGACGGGGGAGAAACAGGAAGAAGAUAAUGCUGGCGGGAUUCUUCGCUGGAUGCUGAGUUCUAUAGAACUGUGUGUUUUUGCUGAUUAAGAUGACGCUUUGCAUUGGGCGAGAGGCUGUGAGGUUAUGGAGGAAAAUUGCAACGGAAACAUGUGUGGAAAUGCAGCUUUUUCUUGAGAAUUGGAAGCUUCUGCUAGCGGGGCUUAUUUUUCAGUAUAUUCAUGGGGUUGCUGCUCAUGGAAUUCAUUAUUUACAUCGACCAAGACCUAUUCUACCAGACCUUGGUUUCAGUCUGCUUCCGGAGCUAGGGCCAAACAAAGCAUAUGUUAGUGAAACCUUUUUCUCCGUCAUCUUUUUCUCCUUUGUAUUGUGGACUUUUUAUCCUUUCAUUUAUCAUAGCAAACGCUUCUACACAGUUCUUCUAUGGCGUAGAGUGUUGGCAAUUUUAGUUACUUGCCAGGCUUUGAGAAUUAUCACAUUCUACUCUACGCAUCUUCCAGGUCCAAACUAUCAUUGCCGCGAGGGUUCAAAGUAUGCCACUCUUACACCUGAAAGACUAUUAGAUCUGUUUCUCAUUAAUGUACGAGGGGUCUUAUAUGGCUGCGGCGAUUUGAUUUUUUCAUCACAUAUGAUAUUUACACUGGUUUUUGUUCUCACAUACUAUAAGUAUGGUUCUAAAAGGUUUCUUAAAAUGCUUACAUGGUUGAUGGCAGUCAUACAAAGUCUUCUUAUAAUAGCUUCGCGGAAGCAUUACAGUGUUGAUGUUGUGGUUGCAUGGUAUACUACAAGCUUGGUGGUGUAUUUUAUGGAGACAAAAUUAACAGAAAUGCCUGACCGUACUAAUGGAAGCCAACCAUUGCUUCCAGCAGUUGCUAAAGAGAAACAAGACAAAUCGAAGGAGGAGACCCAUAAGCUGCUGAAUGGGAAUGCAGUUGAUGUACUUGAUUGGAAAUCAAUUUCCAUUCGAAGUGGAUGCAAAGCUGGAAAUGAAGCUGUACAAUGGCUCGGCUGA